CAAUCUAUCUUUUUAUUUUGAUUUAACUUCAUGCAGUUGCAGCAAGAACAAAAAAAGUUUUGCAGUGAGAAAAGUAGAGAGCUCGAAAAAAUAAAAUAAAAUAAAUGAUGAAAUUUUGCUGAUAGCCCAUUUAUUCUUAAUUUGGCCUUCUUGAUAGAGAGCAACGACGAUGCAAGUAUUUUACUUCAAAGCAUUACUCUUAGUGCAGAUUUUGCAUGAGAUUCGAGGAUCGACCAAUACGCCAUAUCGUAUUUAUGAAAUGGUACCGGAAGGGAUCUGUAAGUCUCGGCGGCUUCCCCUGUUUGAUAAUUUGCUUACCCAAACGGAUCCUAUACAAUUAAAAAACCCUGAGAGGGGCGCUAUUUUCCGGCAAACCUGGAAUUCAUCAUCUUUCAAGAGGUUUGGCGAUUGCAAGUUUUACUUGCAGGCACCUCCAAGUAUGGGUCUAUACCUGACCGUUAGUAUUGCAAAACUAAGAAAGAAUAGUCGUGGCCAUUGUAUUGAUAGUAUUGUGGUCAAGAAAAGCAACGAAAAAAAAUACGCAUUUUGCGAUGCAAUGGAUGAUGACGAUGAGCUGAAAGUGUAUGCCGAUGAUCAUGGGAAAAUGCGAGUGACUGUAAACUUGGAUACCGGUUUGGCCUUGCCAACUCUGGACGAUACGCUGGAGGUCCAGUUUAUUGCAACUGUUAAACGGGAUUGCAACAGCCUAGAAGGAUAUUCACCAUGCGAAGAUGAUGAGGAUGAUUCCUGUAUUUACAAAGAUUUUUUCGAAGAUGGAUAUGUAAACUGUCCUGAGUGUACUGAUGAGAAAGGUUGCUUCAAAGAGUCAGAGCAAGUUCAGAUUAUGAAUCCUUCCAAUGUUUUUCUGAGUGCAAUCAUAUCCCUGUUGGGAACUACGAUUGUAUUCGGGGGUUGUCUUUGGUGCCUCUAUAGAUACCGAAAUUGCAUUGGCAAUUGCAAUAGCAACAGUGCAGAUACAGCACGCAAUAAUCAAAAUACGAGAACUGUGGCAGCGGAGCAAAUUCAAGUAGAACUGCAGUCUUCUGGAAACGAUAUUCAGCCUUCUGCGCCACCCGACUACGACAAAGACCUGCCACCUACUUAUGAAUCUUUGUUUCCGGUAAACCCAUCGGGUAGAACCAGCCCCUAACCAGUCAAGAUAGACAAUUGAUUUGCUAUACUUGAGUUUGUUGUUUAGAUUAACUUGUAUUAUUGGUUUUAAAUUAAAUAUAAUUAGUAGAUACAACGUGAAUGGGGAGAUACACUGUCGCACCUGAAAAUAAGGGUAAACUCAUGCCACGUCUCGUAAAAAACGAAUGAACUGAACAACAUAAUGUAAUUGAUUCGUAAUCUUUUGCAUUUGAUAGUGUAACUUUUAUACUAGUUUUAAGUGCUCGAACGUAUUCACAUUUAGAUCUGUGUACACAAGAAACAAUAAUAAUACAAUACGGUGAAUGUAUUACGAAAUCUUUUAAACAAUGGCCGUUUAAUUAAUUUUAGUUAUUUAUUAUUAAAUUCUGUCAUUUCCCCCGAGUCAAGCCCAAAUAUGUAGGUAGAAUUACGACAAACGGAGAACGUUCUAGUGUUUUUUAUUGUAACAAACAGAAAACGUAAACGCAUAACCAAUUCACAAAUGCUAUUGAAUGUACAUAUUGAAACUGUAUGUUGGAAUAUAUGCAUUUCCAAAUUUUA